AGAGAGCACGCUGCAACAAUUGGAUUCAGAAAUGCGUAAAUCUCACCCACGAAUUCACUAUUCACCAAAAAAGUGAAACGGAAGAAGAGGAGAAAAUCCCCCCAGCAGAUGUUUUUAUUAUUAUUUUUAUUUCUUGUGCGUUUCCGGACGAGCUGCAGAGCGGCUUCCGCAAACUGCUCUCACUGAGCGCAGAGAAGCCGAAGUGAGCGUGUGAACGCACACAUCGUGACAACACCAGCACCGUCUCCCUCUCCUGAUUGUGUAAUAUAGAUUUUUUUUCUCUUCCUUCCUCCUCUCUUCCUGCAAAAGCGACCAAACCCGCAUCCAUCCGUGAGCGCAAAGGAAGAGGAGAGGAAGAAGAGGAGGAGGAACGAGAGGAAGAGGAGGGGGAGCAUUGCAACGUUCAUCCGAGCUCCUUUUUUCUUUUUUCUUCUUCUUCUUCCCAAUACAUGGCGCAAGGGCUACUACACAAGCGGGACUGUCCUGGGUGUGAUCCCGCCGCGGUGAAUUUGGAUACGGGAGCAGCGGCGGCUUCAUCAGCAGCAGCAGCAGCAGCAUCUUCCUCCUCCUCCUCCUCCAUCGGCGCCCACUCUGACUCCCCGUCCUCCUGGCUCUUCUGUCGGCUUUAUGUCGAGUGAUGGUCGGCUUGCCUUGCCGGAUGCGCCCCGCUCUCUCCGGAUCGUCGACGGCCGAGCCUCCUCUGACCGCAGACCCCCAUUUUCGGCGGAAACCUGCCCAGAGCUCUAAGGCUCCAUAUGGAAACUGGAGACCAAAAUUUUAGAAAAAAGGAAAAUCUGAGCGGUUAAUUAUUAUUUAUUUAUUUAUAAUUUUUUUAUUAUUUCCCCCCUCCCUCCCUCCAUUCUUAUUAUUUCUGGUAUUUUCUGUUUUCCUGGCCUGCCGAUGAAUUAAUUCAUCAUUGAUUUCCUCAUUUCCACCGUGUUGAUUUGAGAGAUUUUUCCUGGGAAGAGGACUUGAAUUCUUUACUCUCUUCUGUUAAAACGAGAGAAAUGCCUUCCGUCAUUCAUUUAUGACCCUUAACCGACUAACAAACCCUCUAGAAUAUAAUAAUUAUUAGUAAUAUUAGCUAACAGUGAAGUGAUAUUAAACUGUAAGCUGAUCUCAUGUAGGUCCAGCUCCAGCCUUUGGGUUUGUUUUGAGCCUCCUCAGGCUUUAACUCAUCUCUGUAACUCCGUGUUUUUAUCCACAUUUGCAGCUUUUCUCGCUGCAAGUGGGGGCUACCUCUGCAGCUACAGGCCGUGUCAUUUUCCGCUUCCUAUUGGAGGAAAAAGUGAAACUCACCGCAGAGGAAGAGACAUUCCUGCCUCUUCCUCUCCAUAAACUCUAAAUUUGGUCGUUUAUUUUUUUCUCUUUUGGAGGUCCUCACCCAACGCAACCAUAAGGUUCCUACCGCAUCCUCCUCCUCCUUCCUCCCUCUCCUUCCGCUCGAGUCUAGCCCGUUUUUUCGGCUUGGUUUGGUCCCGCAAAUUUUCAAAUAUUUACUUCCUGUACAUCAAGAGGAAAGGGGGUCCCCCUUUCAUGGAAUGCGGAAACAUGGGUCUGUUCGACCGCGGAGUCCAGAUGCUGCUGACCACGGUGGGCGCCUUCGCGGCCUUCAGCCUCAUGACCAUCGCGGUCGGCACGGACUACUGGCUGUACUCCCGCGGCGUCUGCAGGACCAAGUCGAUGAGCGAGAACGAGACGAGCAAGAAGAACGAGGAGGUGAUGACCCACUCGGGCCUGUGGAGGACCUGCUGCCUGGAAGGAAACUUCAAAGGAAUGUGUAAACAGAUAGACCACUUUCCCGAGGAAACGGAUUACGAAGCGGAUCCAUCAGAGUACUUCUUACGUGAGUACCAGACGUUCCUCCACCUGCGUCCUGCUCCAUGUUGCUCCUCUGCUCAGACGGCGCCUGAUGCCAGCAGUGCCGGCCGGACCGGGCCGAGCCAAAAGCAGCUCGUCUGUUCCUCUGCUCAGCUGUGUGUAACAUAACGUGCAGUGUUACCGUCAGCUGUGCGCCCUGUAAACACAGCACAUCGAUUUCUGCUCCCAUCCCCUUUGUGCAAGCAAGACAGAGAUGCUUGUCGGAGUCAUUUGAUUACAAAUCCUAAACAUCACAGCAGCUCAGGAAGAGCUACACACUGAAAACACAACAUCUUACCCAGUGUUUUAAUGUAGUUUAUACUCAAAAUAUCUGACUACAUUUGAAAUAAGACAAAACUCAC